CACACAAAGCAGCGGCAGCAGCAGAGGCAGAGGCAGCGAAUAACGGGGCCUGUGAGAAUCCGGGCGGAGUUUAGUCAAACGCGCUUUGGUGUGCCUGCAUCGGCUGGGCUGGGUGUGGUUUUCAAAACUCAGUUCCGUUAGCAGGAAACGACUCUAGGACCACCAGUACUUCUCUGACCGACAAAGACGCAGCGAAAAGUGAAACUUUGUCUUCGGGACCUGGAAGAGAUUCGAGGAGAAGCUUUGGCGGUGGCGGUUGCUCGGUCUUGCGCGGGGACGUCAGUCGAUGGAAAAAAGUUUGGCUUUCUGUUGACUUCAUUGUAUCAGCUCAGUUUGUGACACAUCCGCGAGAGAAGAGACAAAACACAGUCAAAAUGCCGAAAACGAUCAGUGUUCGUGUGACUACGAUGGAUGCCGAGCUGGAGUUUGCCAUCCAACCCAGCACCACAGGGAAACAGUUAUUUGACCAGGUGGUGAAAACCAUUGGGUUAAGGGAGGUGUGGUUUUUUGGACUGCAGUACCAGGAUACCAAGGGCUUUACCACCUGGCUUAAACUCAACAAAAAGGUUACGGCACAAGACGUCCGUAAGGAGAGUCCUUUGCUGUUUAAAUUCAGGGCAAAGUUUUUCCCUGAGGAUGUUUCAGAGGAGCUGAUUCAAGAGGCGACUCAAAGACUCUUCUUCCUUCAGGUGAAAGAGGGGAUCCUGAAUGAUGAUAUCUACUGCCCCCCGGAGACUGCAGUGCUGCUGGCAUCUUACGCAGUGCAGGCCAAAUACACUGACUACAACAAGGAUGUUCACACUCCUGGAUACCUGUCCAGUGAGAAACUACUCCCACAGAGAGUUCUAGAACAGCACAAGCUGAAUAAGGAGCAAUGGGAGGAAAGAAUUCAAGUCUGGCACGAGGAGCACAAGGGCAUGUUGAGAGAGGACUCGAUGAUGGAGUAUCUGAAGAUAGCUCAGGAUCUGGAGAUGUAUGGCGUGAAUUACUUCAGUAUCAAGAAUAAGAAAGGAUCAGAGCUGUGGCUUGGUGUGGAUGCCCUGGGACUCAACAUCUACGAGCAGAAUGACAAGAUGACGCCUAAAAUUGGUUUCCCCUGGAGUGAGAUCAGAAACAUUUCUUUCAAUGAUAAGAAAUUUGUCAUCAAACCCAUUGAUAAAAAAGCCCCGGACUUUGUGUUUUAUGCCCAGCGCUUGCGCAUUAAUAAGAGGAUUCUGGCUUUGUGCAUGGGGAACCAUGAGCUUUAUAUGAGACGCCGUAAACCAGACACCAUCGAGGUCCAGCAGAUGAAGGCACAAGCCAAGGAGGAGAAGAACCACAAGAAGAUGGAAAGAGCUCAGCUGGAGAGUGAGAAGAAGAGACGAGAGGCCAUAGAGAGAGAGAAAGAGCAGAUGGAGAAGGAGAAACAGGAGCUGAUGAUUCGGCUCUACCAGUUUGAGGAGAAGACCAAAAAAGCAGAAAAAGACCUGCAGGAGCAAAUGCAUAGGGCCGUGCAGCUGGAGAGUGAACGGAGACUGGCAGAGGAAGAGGCAGCCAGAUUGGAGGCAGAGAGGCAGGCAGCCCUGCUCGCAAAGGAGGAGCUGGCCCGUCAAGCCCAGGACCAAAAGAAGAGUCAGGAACAGCUGGCUGCUGAGCUGGCAGAACACACUGCUCGUAUUGCGCUCCUGGAGGAAGCCAAAAAACACAAGGAGGAGGAAGCUAAGACAUGGCAGCACAGAGCACAAGAGGCCCAGGAUGACCUGACGAAGACCCGUGAGGAGCUUAACAUGAUCAUGACAGCGCCCACCAGCUUCACAAGUCUCCCUCCACCACCACCUGCAUAUGAACUUGAUGAGAAUGAGUACGAAGAUAGGGAGAGCAACAAUAGCUACAGUGCAGACCUGCAGACAGGUGGUAUCAAUGACCACCGCUACGAAGAGCAGCGAAUCACUGAGGCUGAGAAGAAUGAACGUGUUCAGAAACAGCUGUUGGCUCUGACCUCAGAGUUGGCCCAUGCCCGUGACGACACCAAGAAGACUCAAAACGACCUGUUGCACACAGAGAAUGUGCGCGCCGGCCGAGACAAAUACAAAACUCUUCGGCAGAUCCGCCAGGGAAACACGAAACAGAGGAUUGAUGAGUUUGAGGCCUUAUAAAAUAUCUGGACCAGGAAACUUUGGAAAUGAGGGAGGAAAGGAGUCUCAAAGCCCUUGUCCGUUUUCAAUCUGUCCCUACAUCUGAGUGGUCAAUGCAAGAGGUACAUCCUGCGUAUAAAAGAGGUGCACAUACGUUCAGUAAUACAAUUCGAUUCGUUCAACGUGAACACUGGG